GGGUUAAAGGAAAAAACAAAUAAGAGCACAGAAAUGAUGAGGAAGCGAGUAAGUAAACCAUGAACAUUUUAUUAAGUUCAAGGAGAACGCGGAUGGUGGAUGGAAAGUAGUCAAGAUUUCGUAUGAAAAGAAAAAUGGGUGAAGAGCGAAGAGAUUGCCUAGAGUGGCAAAACAAAUAAUUAUAUAUGAUGGACACCAAGAUUUCUACCAGAAAUGCCAAAUGCCAAUGUGCUAAGGGAGGUCCUUUUCAUCGCAGAAACACACACCACUUUUCAACUCCACCAAAAGGUGAACAAGAGGGUCAGUUUUGGAUGUCUGGCACUAGAGCGGAAAUGUAGAAAGUACUAAUGAGCAGGUGGUGGAACGCGCGAACAAGUUCAUAGCCAGCCUUCAGAUGUGUCCUCUAUCAUACCACAACUAACAAGCACAAAUUCCGCCAACCAGAGCAAGGAAGAAGAAAAAAAUAAUAAUAGAGAAAAAGAAAAAGUUUAGCAUUUCUCCACCUGCCCAAAUAUAGGGGGGGGGGGGGUCAGCAAACAGUGAGGCACGAACUCCCACAAAGCUUUUCUUUUUUCUCUCAGGGGCAAAGUCAAGAUGGAAAUAGCACCGGAGGCGCCACGGGAUCAUGGCAGGACAGUCAGGUUCGCACACCAACGGUACCUGAGCGCUGUGCCGGUAUCAUAGCUCACCACAUUUUCCGAUGGGAUGGAUUUAAUGCGCGACCGAAUUUUAUCAAUCCCCGGUAACUCAGCCGAAUGAGAGAUGAACCGUCCCAAUAUUCAUUCACAGCAAACCCUCCCCUCUCGAGUAACGGCAUAGUGACCCCCCGCUAUGUUCUUCGUGCAAGGCCAUCGCUCCCGACCGGGGCCGCAUACACCAUGCCUCUCGGACCCCGAGAAGCUCUUCCUUGACCCAUAAUGGAGAUAAUGCACUAUCCUUGGACAGGGCUACCGCCUGUUCAGUGCGGUGCGGUUGCCUGUUGUCGAUGAUUCAUCCCAUUAGAACCAUUCAGACUCUCUUCAGAACGGCCUAUUCACGAUGUCAUCAUUUCAGCAAUCCGCAAAAGUGCGCGUGUUGGAGCGAAGAGGGAAGCAGAGGAGGGGACUUUUCACCCAGGACCAAGUGUAUGAUAGCCGAGAACACUGAACGCCCCCGCCCAUCACCAAAAAGGGGGAAAAUAAAAACAAAAGUGUACGAGUACAGUGCUCUGCGAUGCAGUAUUUGAAAGCACGACUCUUGUUCUUCUUUGCCCGCUGUACCCGAGUACCGCCAUCCAUCCCCAGUCCCCAUUGCCGGUACUGUUCCACCAGCAAAAGACUCAUACUGGUGCCGUAGGUGAGCGAUACUAUCUUCCCUCAAUGUUGUAAGCCCUUGAUGCCGAACUCCCAUUAUCCCCGGCAACCUCGAUCCCCUUCUGAGUCUUCUCUCCCCUCUUCGGCGCCCGGAACGCUACCGGUAUAUCAUAUAUCCGUGCCCUCUGCGGGGGCUCGAUCCCGAGGCAGAGAUAGUGUAUCCAUUCAUUCAUCACUUACAACCCGCCUCUGUCCUGCGGACCCUCCGUCAGUGCUGUCGGUGCAUUAGUGUGCUCAGGCCGUGUCUCGCAAUACCUCGCAAUCCUGACAGAUAUCCUUCUGCGGUCAUCUCUCAUCCCGGGGUCCCACCGUCGAUUCCUUAAUCCUCGCUUGCCCUUUCGCACCAUCUCCGGAAAAAACACAGUCGAGAAUAGACCCCGAGCCUGAUCCAAUUGAGUUUGGAAAUAUAUACGCUGACGAUUUUUAGGAAAUGCCUCCUCGCUUUCUGGCAUUAACUGCGGUUGACGGUCGCCCUACCGACUGUCGUGUACGGUGGCAUCAGAAGUCCAACAGGUCAGAAAAAGAUCCCCAGUUGGGGGAUUGGGUCACCAGGAGGCUUCCAGGUGUUGGAGUUCCCGGAAAUAAGAACCUACACAUUCCUAACGAGAUAUUAGAGCAAAUAAUUCAACAUGUAUGUUUAGUGCCGCAUUAUCCCUCAUUUUCCACCCCACAUUAAUUAACUUGCAACUGCAUAGGUUACCCAUACCCGGACGCUGCUCUCUCUCUGCCUUGCCUCGCGGACGCUUUACAACAUAUCUGUUCUCUAUCUCUACCGAAGCAUUGCUGUUUGGGGAAAUUGGGGAGAGGGACCGAAUUUGCCUGAUCAUUUGAAUAUCCCACUUCCUGGUCAGGUGAAACUUUUAGAGAAUCUUUCCACCGACUUUACAAAAGGGGAUACCGUGAGCACCGCAGAUUCUUUGCCCGCUACACAGAUCGCGAGGUAUGUGAAACGGCUGUAUUUGAUGUAUCCGGACGGUUGCCCGGGAGAAGGCUCCGGUUCUCCUGGCUACGGGGGGCUCUCUCCACAGUCCAUCUCGCAAUUGGUCAAAAAUUGCGUUAAUAUCGAAGAGCUACAGUAGGUUUCCUCCAUCUUGUCAUGCUUCCUUAUUGCAUACAACCAAAGGCAGGAUCUCUGAGCCAGGCUAAUGCUGUUCCAGAUUAUGCGACAACCUUGAUCUCCAGGAGGAUUUGGUCGGGGCUAUAGUUUCUCUUAAAAGGCUCAAGCACCUACGCAUCACUAUUGAGUCCGACACGCCGGCAUCAUUAGCUCAACUCCCUCCCCUUACUUCCCUUCAAGUGGAUAUAAGGGGAAUAGAAGAGGAUGAACAGGCGAUCAAUGGCGUAGCGGCUCUUUUUCGUAAAGUUCUGGAAACGUCCCAGGCAACAUUGACCUCACUCGUUCUUCACUCUGGGCGCUCAGAUCAUCCGGAGCGCUUCGAGCAUAUUUUCGGGCCCCUGGAGGACCAGCCGGAGAGCUCCGGGGUCGCGGAACCUCAACCCUUAAACGCUCCAUUUAAGUUUAGGAAGCUCGAGAAGCUUGUACUCGGUGUCUUUCAUAUAAUACCAACCCACAGAAAUGCGAUACAGAUCGCAGGAGUGAUUGAUUUUUCUAAGCUCACUUAUUUGGAGUUGGGAAAUUUUCACAAUUCGGUGUUCGCCUGUCAAUUGGAGGUGGAAUGGACGAAUCUCAAAAAGAUUUAUCUGUGCUACAACCCAAACGUCAAAGAUUUCUUGGGAAAAUGUGGUGGGUUAGAAACGAUCUUCCUCGCCCAUAUGCCCCGCAUGGCUUCAAAUGAUAUGUCGUCCUUGAUUGAGAGGAUUGCCGGGAAUCACGGGAAAACACUAAAAACGCUUGCACUGAGGCCCUCCGCUCCCCCCCAACAUGUACCCACUCUAAGUAUAUUUCACCUGCGCAAGCUUGGACAGGGGUGUAGGUUCCUGAAAGAGUUAUGGAUGGCUUUUGACUUUGAGAAUGAUUGGGUAAUAUGAACCCCCGGGCCCCUCGAGCAUCGGACCGGAAACUAAUAUCGGCGCCCGACUAGUACGAGCUCGCCCACACCGCCCACAAGCUUCUUCCAAACCUACAAAUGCUUCACCUCACAAAUCAGAUACCGGAGUCGGUCCCGCUUUAUCAUUGGUCGCUAUCUCAUCACGGUCUACGUUACCCAAACUCCGACUCGAAGAGAUGCCGUGUGGAGGCUGCGACGGAGCGAACCAUAGCAACACUGAUAAAGUGCUACCUCCUCCAUGCGCCAAAUAAAGUGCCCCCGUUAAGGGAAGUUUCGGCAAUGCGGACCUACAACCGUCAAUCAAACAAUAUCAUCCGUUGGUACUAUCAGAUUAUUCCAGAAGUGCCGGCUGACGACUGGGGGACUGUGGACGGCUGGGUUGGGUUCCGUCGUGGGUUGGAGGGGUGGGAGUGGGCUGCCAUGAAGGGGCCCUGGCAGUUGGAAAAUGGGAAGGGUGAAUCGAAUGCGAAUCUGGACCACUUUUGAUCGAUUGGAGUUGGGGUCUGGGUAGACGGGUUCACGGAUUAGGAGUAUGUGUAUGGUGGUUGAAGUUUUGGUGGCGCGGUGGGCUUUGGCGGGGUAGAAAAAGCAGAUAGAGAAAUUAGAAUAUUAAUCAUCAAUCG